AGGCGGACGAGUACGCCAGGGACGAACCGAAGGGCUACUACUCUGACGUGUUUGCAUUGCUUCUGUGCCGCGCCUGCACUGGGCGGGCUACACCACCACUCGAGACCUUUCGGCAAUCUCUCGAACGAAGCUUGAGGGCAAGUUUGACUCCACGGUGGGGGAUCGCCAGGUGUCCGCGGGCACAUUUCGCGAAUUUGUUGUCUACGAUGUUGACCAAAUGUACCCCGAAUAUCUCGUCAUCUACUCGCGCGCGUACGAGACGACCGACGAGGCUAGUCUGAGAGCGCUGGUGUCGCAGCCGUACUUUAUGCAACAUCCCGUGUACUGGCGGAACGCCCACAAGGACCCAGACAAGGUCUUCUUCGGCGACCAGUUCGAGCUGGGCCGAGGCGCCCUGGGGAUACUGCAGAGGCUCGUGGAGGCAGCGAACUCGAACCCGGGCGUGACACUCACGGUCCUGCGCGCCAGGCGGUUGGAGUUGUCCGCGGAUUGGAAGAGGUACAGCGGCCUGAGGAAGGCCUGGAAGCGCAGGCGCCCCGAGAGCCCGCCCGGGACUCCCUCCGAGGCAGAGCCCGGCUCCAGGGACUCUUCCGAGUGGCAGCCACGCCGCUGCCAGCACGCCCACGAGCUCGACGGCCACCCGGACAGCUGGCGGGCGUUCGCCGCCGUCCACGGGGAGGUGGAGGCGGCGGGGCAGGUGAUCCCGAUGCCCACCCUGGACCGCGACCUGAACGAGUGCCUGCUCUGGCACGGCAUCUCCCCAAAGGACGCGGAGUGGGUCGCGAACGACGGGGCCGCGGCCAUGGUGCACUUGGCGGAGGGCGCGCCUGGCCGCUUCGGGGUGGGCGUGUACUUCGUGGAGGACCUGUCCAAGGUUUUGGGCAACGCCCAAGCCCACGACGGCCAGAGGGUGCCCCGCGCGUACUCCGAGGACAUGGCCAUGAACCUCGUCUACGCCAAGAUGCAGGGAGGCAUCAAGGUUGUCAUCCUCUGCCGGGUACUCUGCGGCGACCUCUUCUACACGGAGGCGAAGUCGGAGCCAGACGCUGUGAGCAACAUGGCGGCCGCGGGUAAGGACGCCGUCCUCGCGAACCCCGAGAGGAGGGGGGCGCGCGAGUUCGUCGUGACAAAAGGACCUCAGAUCUACCCAGAGUACGUCAUCGAGCUUCAAGAAACGUGCAGGGAGAACCUGACAGCCGCUGUGUAGAGCCGCGAACCUUUUGCACACUGUCUGUUCUUCUUUGGUUUCAGAUCUAGUAGCCCCGUACUUCCGCACCUCCUCGGGGCUUAACUGUCGCUUGUCGACCCGCCCCUCCACCUCGCACGUUCUUCGCACCCUCGGUGCCGCCUCGGCCGACUGCGGCCGCGGGGUCGGGGGAGCCUUGGCCAGCCGCUACCUCGCUGGUGGCCCCACGUAGUCACCUACUGCUGGGUUUCUUGCGAAUGCUCUUCUGGGCGACUGUGGGGACCCCAGGCGGUCGUGCGAUGGCUCCACACCGAGCCGCCCUGCACCCGCUCGGGCCUCCGCACGCGGCAUCGCUCGGACGUGUGCACUGCUCCUCGGCGAAGACCAUCGAGGGGCAUCCUGAAUCAUCGUGCGAAACAG